UCCGUCCACUCAGUUGACAACUUCAGCCUCUUGGAGCAUCUUUCAUUUAAAGGCUCUUCUGUGGUACACACGUGGGGAGUUAAAACACAUCGCUACCUCGCUAAAGAUUUGGAUCUAAACUAAACAGAGGAUGGCGAGUGAGGACGUGGAGCGGCUGCUGAUCCAGUUUCAGAACGAGGAAGGGGAGGUUCUGGGUUCACCUUUUGAUGUGCCUUUAGACAUCACCCCAGACAAACUACAGCUGGUCUGCAAUGCACUGCUACAGAAGGAAGAGCCUGUACCACUGGCAUUUUUUGUGCGAGGAGAGGCUGAGGUGGUGUCCGAUCUGAGGUCUUGUGUGAAGGCUCUUGGGGUUGAAACAGAGCAAGUCCUGCCAGUUGUGUACCAGCCUCAGGCUGUGUUCAGGGUUCGAGCUGUUGCCCGCUGUACAAGCACACUACAGGGACACACAGAAGCUGUCAUCUCAACUGCUUUCAGCCCCACUGGCAAAUAUUUGGCCAGUGGUUCAGGUGAUACCACAGUGCGUUUUUGGGACUUGAUGACUGAGACACCUCACCACACUGCCAGAGGACACACACAUUGGGUACUGAGCAUCGCCUGGUCACCUGAUGGAAAGAAACUGGCUUCAGGGUGCAAGAACAGUCAGAUCUGUCUUUGGGAUCCAGUUACUGGUUCACAGAUGGGGAAAACUUUAACAGGACACACCAAGUGGAUCACUUGGCUCUGCUGGGAACCUCUCCAUCUCAACCCAGAGUGUCGGUACUUGGCCAGUAGCUCUAAGGAUGGCUCAGUACGCAUCUGGGACACAGUGUUGGGACGCUGUGAGAAGAUCCUGACUGGACACACUCAGUCAGUCACCUGUGUGAAGUGGGGUGGAGAUGGACUUCUGUACACUUCUUCUCAGGACAGAACAGUCAAAGUCUGGAGAGCCAAAGAUGGUGUCCAGUGCAGGACUCUGCAGGGUCACGCCCACUGGGUGAACACCCUGGCUCUCAGCACAGAUUACGUCCUGCGCACUGGUGCUUUUGAACCUGCAACUGCCACUGUCAACCCACAGGACCUCACUGGAUCAUUGGAAGAGUUGAAGGAGAAAGCCUUGCAGAGAUAUAAUAAAGUUAGGGGUUCGGCUCCAGAGCGCUUGGUGUCUGGCUCUGAUGACUUCACCUUGUUUCUGUGGAACCCUGCUGAAGACAAGAAGCCUCUGGCCAGGAUGACCGGCCACAGCGCCCUGGUCAAUGAAGUGCUCUUCUCCCCAGACACCAGGCUCCUCGCCUCUGCCUCAUUUGACAAAUCCAUUAAAAUUUGGGACGGACGCACUGGAAAGUACUUAAUGUCCCUGCGUGGCCAUGUGGCAUCUGUGUAUCAAGUGGCGUGGUCAGCAGACAGCAGGCUGCUGGUCAGCGGCAGCAGCGACAGCACACUUAAAGUUUGGGACAUAAAGACUGGAAAGCUCAACAUGGACCUGCCUGGCCACGCUGAUGAGGUUUAUGCAGUGGACUGGAGUCCUGAUGGGCAAAGAGUGGCCAGUGGUGGGAAAGACAAAUGUCUCAGAAUAUGGAGGAGAUAGCUACACCUCUGUUCUACUUCCUAAUGUUGACAGAGGAUUCACAUCUUCUACUGUCAAGAAACCUGACAGCUGGAGCAAGGGUGGCUAGACUGUACCUAAUCUGCCAUUUGGCUUUAUACACUGUCUGUCCAAAGUGGCAUUGUGUCAAGGAACUUUAGUCUGGCCAUGACGCAAAUACUGUGGCAAUAUUGAUGACUGUAAAGGUGUUCAGCUCAGUGGAAAUGUAAGAUGAGGUCAUUGUGAAUAGAAGCUGUACUGUAUUUCAGUAUUAGCAUCUCAGAUUUUAGCUAUGAAAGGGUUUCCAUUCAUGUACGUAUUGCUUUGUACACAUCUGGGGUCCUGAUGUGAAAGAACCAUAUGCAGAAACCACAAACAGGGUUAUAUAUUUAAACAUAAGACUUUAACCUAAUUUUUAAAUUCCUGAACACAGGAUCUAUUCUAAGAAAAAAUAUUCCACAUUGAGAGAUAAACAAAGAUUCAACCAACGCUUCAGGAAAGCAAACAUAUUUCUGAGGAUUAUGUUUGUCCCCCUCCUUCUUCACCUCAAACCUUACCAGAUGAACUACAUCCUGUAGAUGACAGGUGGGCUGGGGAGGCAACAGGUGGGAGCGCUAAUACCUUCCUCUGUGAUGUUAAUGCCGACGGCUCUCGCCCUGCUCCUUCAGCCUUUAAUCUCCUCUGUCUUGCGGUCAGCAAAGCUGCAACCUGCUGAUUUUUUUUUCUGCCUGUGUGGUGAAGCCAAGUGUCACCAACUGUGUGAUGGAAAAACCAGGUUCACCUCUCCAGUUAAAAUAAGUUUUCUGUAUUCAGCUGGCUUUGGGAAUAUUUAACAAAUAUUUACAUCACCGCUUUUAGUCCAAUUCUAAUUAAUUGGAUAACGUCCUAUACAGAAAAUAAAAUAAAUAACAGCAACUCUUA